AGUGCGGAGUGCUGUGUGUAGAAACAUCGCCUAUGACUGCCAUUGUAACUUCUGGAAGAUGUUGGGUUUGUGUGAAUCACAAAACUACCACGUGUGGAUGAAGAAACAGUGUGCUGCCAGCUGCGGAAUUUGCGUUGCAGAAGAGUCUGACUGCCAGAACAAGUAUGGUGAUGAGACCUGUAAGAAGUUCACCGACCACCGUUUUCAUCUGAUGCCGCAGUUCCAGUACUUUAUGGCCUGUUCGUGCGCCAAGGCCUCUGGAAUUUGUACUACGGCACUAGCAACACCAGCACCGACCUUACAAGCUAUCGAUGAUGAGGAUGAGGUAUGUCUGAGGCUUCAAAAUGAGAAGAGGAGUCAGCAUGGUGCAGCACCACUGGUCUGGUGUCAGGAGUGUGCAGAUUUUGCGAAAACAGUUGUACAGACGAUGCAAGAUCUCAAUGAGCCAUUGCACCAUACAAGCCCUGAAGAGCGAACAUGGCUUGUGGAGGGAAAAGAAGUCUUGCAUGGAUCCAACCUACAAUACGAGUUUCCACACGUAGACUGUGAGAUAGCUGUGGAGUCCUGGUACAGCGAAACUGAAUUUUACGAUCCAAACCGUCCUGUAGAGUCCUUAGAGCAAGCCGGUCACUUUACACAGAUGGUGUGGAAGGAUACAAAGAGCGUUGGUUGUGCUUGGACAGAGAACUACUUGGCCUGCAUUUAUGAGCCAACAGGCAAUACAGAGAACGCCUAUGACAUCGAAAGGAACGUCCAACCAUAAGAUGUAUUCAGUUUGAUGAUUCUUAAUACAUCAAAACGAUACCGAAUUACUAAUCUUACGUUUUACAUCUGGUAAGUUGGAGAGGAAACGUCUACCUUAAAAUUUGUUCAUCAUAGAAGUUGAAUGAAUAACUAAUGGAAAUUAGGUUCAGAUGGCUUUCAAAACCAAAGAUGCUGUAUUUCUGCAUUAAUAAGAUUGAACAUUGACGGAUUAUAAAAUGAUUUCACUUAAUUUCAAUUAAUACAAUUUACAAUGUGUAUACAAAAAUUAAAUUGAAUAGACGAGUGGAAAAAAAAUAAAACAUGAAAAAGCUGAAUGAAAAAGCUACUGAGUAAUCGACUCGCCAUUAAAGGCCAUACUUUGAUUAUCAAUUUAAUUAAACAAGUUAAAGUAGCCGCAUGCAUGUAUCUAGUUGUAUAGAUGGCUAGUCGACUUCAUUGUAGUUUUUAGUAAAGAGGCAAUGGAGGGUUAGAUAGUAGUACUCGUUUAAAGAAGAAAAGUAAUAUACUUGAACUGCUAAUACUUCCCAACUAUCAUGUUGUGCAUUAUACACAUGUCAUUGACCAAGUACACCUAAAUUCGAUUAAAGAAAGCUAAACUACAUACUGACUGCUCCUGCAUAACUUAUAUAGAACAGUGUA